UUGUGGGGUUCCGCUGCAACCCUGGCUGCAACCCGAUUGCUUGCUCCUUCGUGACGUCCACAGCUCGAACAACCACCGAAACAAACUCAGCACAACAACACACCACAAUGUUCGCCAAAGCUGCUUUGCGCUCUCAAGCUGCCCGUCUUGUGCGUGGCGACGGUCCCGCCGGACCAUGGGGUCCUAUGAGCUUCGCUGGAAACAACUGGCGCAAGUACGGUGCCCUUCCGUUCUCCGUCAGCAAGCGCGGAAAGUUCCUUUUCUACUUCUGGACCGCAGCGAUUAUCGGAUUUGGAUUGCCAUUCGCAAACACGGAAUGGAAGCUGGCUCCUUUGCGCGAGGCUAAGCGCAAGGAACUCGCGGCCGCAAAGGAAUAAGAGACCCUUGCGAGAUCACUUCCUGUGCUCAUAAUACCUUGAAAUAUAUUCCGAAACAUCCACG